GCACAGGUACCUUUGGGCGUGUUCACCUGGUGAAGGAAAAAAUGGGCAAACGUUACUUUGCACUGAAAGUAAUGAGCAUUCCUGAUGUCAUUCGACUGAAACAAGAGCAACAUGUGCACAAUGAAAAGUCUGUGUUGAAAGAAGUCAACCACCCCUUUUUGAUCAGAUUGUUUUGGACCAACCACGAUGAACGUUUUUUAUAUAUGUUAAUGGAGUAUGUGCCAGGAGGAGAACUUUUUAGUUACCUGCGCAACAUGGGCCGUUUCAACAACAGCACAGGACUGUUUUACUCUACAGAAAUUGUUUGUGCAAUAGAAUACCUGCACUCCAAAGAAAUAGUUUACAGAGACUUAAAACCUGAAAAUAUAUUGUUAGACAAAGAAGGACAUAUCAAGCUUACCGACUUUGGAUUUGCUAAAAAACUGGUGGAUAGAACGUGGACACUCUGUGGCACUCCUGAGUACCUUGCACCAGAAGUUAUACAAAGUAAAGGCCAUGGGAGAGCUGUGGAUUGGUGGGCCCUAGGAAUUCUUAUAUUUGAGAUGUUGUCAGGGUAA